AUGACAAUCCCUCAACGUUAUCCUGCAAGACAACAUGCCUUGAAUGUUAAACAUCAUUUACAAACUAAAUUAUCAGAUUUAUCUAAAACUUCAAUCUUUUUAAGUGGUUCAUUACAAGAAUCUGAUAAAUAUAGUGAUUCAUCUAAACCUUUCAAACAAGAACGUUAUUUCUUCUAUCUUACUGGUGUUAAUAUUCCAGGUUCUCAUGUUUUUUAUGAUUUAAAUAAAGAAGAAUUAGUUUUAUUUUUACCAGAAAUUGAUCAAGAUGAUGUUAUGUGGUCUGGAUUACCUUUAUCAAUUGAAGAUGCUUCCAAGAAAUUUGAUGUUGAUAAAGUUGUUUAUUCAAAUGAAAUUCCAAAUUAUUUAUCAAAAUAUGAUGUUAAUUUAACAACUGAUAUUGAUAAAAAUAAUCAAAUUUAUAAAAAUCAAUUAACUCCAGGUCAAACUGAAUUAUUUUAUGCCUUGGAUGAAUCAAGAAUUAUUAAAGAUUCAUAUGAAAUUGAAUUAUUACGUAAAGCUGCUAAAAUUACUGAUAAUUGUCAUUAUGCUGUGAUGUCAGCUUUACCAAUUGAAACUAAUGAAACUCAUAUUCAUGCUGAAUUUAUGUAUCAUGCAAUUCGUCAAGGUUCUAAACAUACAGCUUAUGAUCCAAUUUGUUGUUCAGGUCCAAGUUGUGGUACUUUACAUUAUGUUAAAAAUGAUGAUGAUUUAGGUACAAAACAAAGUAUUUUAAUUGAUGCAGGUGCAGAAUGGGAAAAUUAUGCAGCUGAUGUUACAAGAUCUUUCCCAAUAAAUGGUGAAUGGUCUAAAGAACAUCGUGAAAUUUAUGAUUCAGUUAAAGAAAUGCAAGAUAAAACUUUAGAAUUAAUUAAACCAGGUCAAUCAUGGGAUGAAUUACAUUUAUUAGCUCAUAAAGUUUUAAUUGAAAGAUUUUUAAAAUUAGGUAUAUUCCAUAAUGGUACAAAGGAAGAGAUCUAUGAAAGUGGAGCAUCAACAAUUUUUUUCCCUCAUGGACUUGGACAUUUAUUAGGUAUGGAUACACAUGAUGUUGGUGGACAUCCAAAUUAUGAAGAUCCAGAUGAAAAAUUACAAUAUUUAAGAUUAAGAAGAACAUUACAAAAAGGUUAUGUUGUAACAGAUGAACCAGGUAUUUAUUUUUCACCAUUCUUGGUUGAAAAUGGAUUUAAAGAUGUGAAUAAACGUAAAUAUGUUAAUGAAGAAAUUAUGAAGAAAUAUUAUCCAAUUGGUGGUGUUAGAAUUGAAGAUGAUAUUUUAGUUACAGAAGAUGGUUAUGAAAAUUUAACUGGUAUAACUUCAGAUGCUGAUGAAAUUUCCAAGAUUGUUAAAGCUGGUAUUGCUAAAGGUCGUUCAUAUUUCCAUAAUGUUGUAUAA